AUGGCGCUCAACCAGAGCUCUGACCCCGGUCCAGACCACUGCCAGACCCCCAGCAACUCCACCUACCUCACCCUGUCCUGGGUCAUGGUCCUGGAGUUCAGCCUGGGUCUGCCGCUCAACCUGUCUGUCCUCUACGUCUUCAUCUUCAGGUUCCGGUUCUGGAAGAACCGCAGCGUGUUCCUGUUCAAUAUUGUGGUGGCGGACUUCCUGCUGGUGGCCUGCCUGCCCGUCAAGAUCUUCCACUACCGGCACGCCGUUCGGCGCAGCGACAACCCGGCUGUCUGCCGCUCGCUGCUCUUCAUGCUCUUCCUCAACCGCGGCGCCAGCAUCGCCUUCCUCAUCGCGCUGUCACUGGACCGCUACUUCGGCGUGGUCCACCCAGGCCGUCAGAACCCGGUCCGGUUUCUGAGGAGGACGCCGUGGGUCUCCGUCUUCAUCUGGCUGCUGCUGCUGCCGCUCACCGUCCCCACCAUGGUCACCACGUUCGAGUGCUGCAACAGCCACGGCCGGGUGAAGGAGACGUUUUACCAUGACGUCACCGACACCUUCAGAGAGGUGGUGUUCUUCGUCCAGAUUGUGGUUCCCUUCGUGGUCCUGGUCUACGUCACGGCGCGCAUCGUGUCGCGGCUUCGGCGGAAGACGGUGGGCGAGAGGACCAAGCUGCGGCGGGCCACAUGCGCCGUGAUGGCAGUGGCGGCGGUGUUCUCCGUGUGUUUCCUGCCAUGUGCGGUGGCGCGCGCGGCGCUGCUCGCCGUGCGGGUGAGCGGCGACCAGGCGGCGGAGGAUGUGGCAGUGCAGGUGUACGACAGCCUGAUGGUGCUGUCCUACACCGACUGCCUGCUGGACCCCCUGGUCUACUGCUUCUGCAACUCCGGCUUCAAGGACGCCUACCUGUCCACCUUCUGCCCCACCUUCCUGCGGCGGAGGCUGAGCGCCGCCAGCACCACCACCACCGCUGCCGCCACCGUCUCCUCGUCUGGCCUCAGGACGGCCUCGCUGCCCAUCGUGGAGAAUUGA